GGCACAUGUCACAGCAAAAGGAUGUAAACUUUACAGAGGUCAAGUGAGUUGCAGGACAGCAUACACCCGGGCCAGAUUAGAACCCAAGUUUCUGGAGUCUAAGGUCUAUGUCUAUGCCCUCCCCUGGCCAGAGUUCCUAAGAAGAGAGAAUUCAACCGCAGGGCAAGAACACUGUGGCACUGAGGACCCAGAGGGGAAGUGGUAACCGGGACGGAAGGCCAGACCUCCUCUCACUCACUUAUCUGCGCCAGACCUCCUCUCACUCACUCAUCUGCGAAAGUGUGAAAGCAAGAAACCCCAGGCUGGAGCUGCAGCUCUUGGGACCUACGUGGGGGUCCCUGCUGGGUCUCCAGAUCUGAAUACAGAAUAGCCAGGACAAGACUCCACAAGACCCUGGGGCCCAGCGGCUGACAAAUGACCCCCAGUCUCCUGGGACAGCUCCAGUAGAAGAAGCCAAAGCCCGUCCAUGGCGGGAUGCCGGGAGACAGAAGUGACUAAUGGCUCCGACGGUGGCUUGGAGUUCAACCCCAUGAAGGAGUACAUGAUCCUGAGCGGUGGCCAGCAGAUCGCUGUGGCGGUGCUGUGCACCCUGAUGGGGCUGCUGAGCGCCCUGGAGAACAUGGCCGUGCUCUAUCUUAUCCUGUCCUCCCGGCGGCUCCGCAGAAAGCCCUCUUACCUGUUCAUCAGCAGCUUGGCUGGAGCUGACUUUCUGGCCAGUGUGAUCUUCGCCUGCAACUUUGUCAUCUUCCACGUCUUCCAUGGGGUCGACUCCAACGCUAUCUUCCUGCUGAAGAUCGGCAGUGUGACCAUGACCUUCACGGCCUCUGUGGGCAGCCUGCUGCUGACCGCUGUUGACCGCUACCUAUGUCUGUGUUACCCGCCUACCUACAAAGCUCUAGUCACCCGUGGGAGGGCACUGGUGGCUCUCUGUGUCAUGUGGGUCCUCUCAGCAUUGAUCUCUUACCUGCCGCUCAUGGGGUGGACUUGUUGCCCUAGUCCCUGCUCUGAGCUUUUUCCACUGAUCCCUAACGACUACCUACUGGGCUGGCUUCUAUUCAUUGCCAUCCUCUUUUCCGGCAUCAUCUAUACCUAUGGGUACGUCCUCUGGAAAGCCCACCGGCAUGUAGCCAGCUUGGCUGAGCACCAGGACAGGCAGGUACCUGGGAUAGCUCGGAUGCGGCUAGACGUGAGGUUGGCCAAGACUCUGGGCCUGGUCCUGGCUGUGCUGCUCAUAUGCUGGUUCCCUGCACUGGCUCUCAUGGGCCACAGCCUGGUCACCACGCUGAGUGACCAGGUCAAGGAGGCCUUCGCCUUCUGUUCCAUGCUGUGCCUUGUUAACUCUAUGGUCAAUCCUAUCAUUUACGCCCUGCGGAGUGGAGAGAUCCGCUCUGCUGCCCAAAACUGCCUGAUAGGCUGGAAGAAGUAUCUACAGGGCCUUGGACCUGAGGGGAAAGAAGAAGCCCCAAGGUCCUCGGUUACAGAAACAGAGGCUGAUGUGAAAACCACCCAGGAGCCGGAAUCCAGAACUCCAGGCUGCUCCAAUUGCUGACACCACCUGUCUUUCUACUGGAAACAGCCCGAGUCAGAAGUCCUUUCAGUUCAGUCCCUCGAAGAGAGAGGGGUUCCAGACCCAGAUUCUUUCUGUAGCUAGCUCUAGGGUAAUGGAAACAGAGCCCCACCUUUUGCUAAGGAAUGCUGGUUUCAUGGCUGGAAGGUGGCCUGCUCAUGCCUACAUUUUCCAGUCUGUGGAGAGGGGCCUGUAAGAAUGGCGGGUUCUGUUCACAUCAAAUCAGGAAACCCUUCUGACUCCAAAGACCUAGAGGCCAGAGGGGCCUCCAGAGAUGACAAUAAAGGAUUCAGGAGAUCUGUGAAGACAAGGGACCUGUUCUCCUGGAAUCUAGAGUACCCCAGCCGUGGGGCCACUGCCCACAACUUCAUAGAUGUCCAUGUCUUCCAUAGUGUGGAUUCUAGACUGUCCUGCUGAAGAUAAAGAGACCAGCUACUUCUGGUUCCUGCUUCAUCCUCUGUGGCUGUAGAGCUAUGUGAGGCUCCACCUUCAGGCCACCCUUGCCUCUUGAGGGUCAAGAAUUAUGAUGCCCUAAGGACCAAGGAUGUUCGCUUACUUCCUUCAGACAGAGUCAGGAGCUGUCAGCUCAGGGUAUCCUGUUGUUGGGAAAGGGCCCUCCUGACAUCCUGAUAAGCCUUGAAAGUCAUUAUGACCUUAGGUCCUUAGGGGCACAGAGGAAGCUGGGUUCACUGGAGGUACAGUCGUCAGAGAACUCUAUUCCUUGUGACAUUUUGCUGUGUCUCACACAGCUGUAUCCCAGUCUUGCCUAGCUUCAGUACAAAGCAAGAUAUUCACACAGAUUCUUUGGGUCCUAGGCUGUUCCUAGUGAUGCUUGGCUCAGCCACCCCUGGCCUCUUCCACACUCUGGCCCUGAAGGAUUAGCAGGAGUUGGGAGGGAAGAUUUCCUGCUGCAAACCAGGCAUCCUAGGUCCACAGCCCCAUGCUGUGUCUCUGGGUGCCUGCAUUUACCCUUCAGUCAAGGUUGCAGUCCCAACAGAUGGAGGUUCAAGGUGCUGCUGGUGGCAGGAGGGGUAGGUGGCACUGGGGACCACAGACACAGUGAAAGGAAAACACUUAAAACAUGUAAUACUUUUGCUUUUAGAAGAUCCAGCCUGCAGACAGGACUUCCCCAUUGCCCAAAGGAGCUAACCGGGUGGUGUUCAGUGCAAAGAAAAAUCAGCCUCCCUAAUAAAGCAAGGCAGUCAACUGGGCUAUACAGCCUCUCCAAUGCUUCUGCAAGAUGACAGUUUUCUCUGUGAAGGUCAACGGCGUCUCAUUUUCUUCUUCCCAAGACAAAUUCUGUGCAUCAAAAGCCGCUGCAAAUUCUAAUCGCUAUUUGGGAGGAUCAGGGGAAGAAGUCGAUUUGCCCACGCUUAGUGUUUUAGACCGUAUUUCAACAUCAACUUGGGGGAGGAAGAGACAGAAAAGAGACAGUGUUUCCUUAUUACUCCUCAAAGGAGGAAGUGCUUGGUUCAAUACCGUUUCCACAGCUGUGAAUUCCUGCACCAGCUUUGGCCCACACUUAUGUGGUCUUGGGCAACCCCCACCCUUUACCUUGUUUUGAUUUCCUUCUCAGUAAAUUGGGGAUGGUGGGGAAGAAGAUGCUCUCCAGGGCCAUUAAAACCUCUCACUGCUCUAACACGCUGUGGUUAUCUCUGCAACCAUGGAGACCGUUGUGCCAUAUGGACCAUAUGACUUCUGGCUCGCAUACUUCCUGAAGUUAUGGGCACACACCAUAUACCAUUGGGCGUGUGCUGACUGUAGAGGAAUUAGGUGACUGGCCAUAUUAGAGAUUUUCCCAGGGCAAGAGAGUUCUCUUGGCUCUCAAUUUUUUCUGGUCCCACAUGCCUCAGUGGUCCCCUGUGUGUGGGUCAGGCAAGCUUGUUUAGUGGUGCCAGACUGAAGCUCCGGCCUUCCGGUGUACCAAGCAAGUGCUGUACUUCCGGUGUACCAAGCAAGUGCUGUACUUCCUGUGUACCAAGCAAGUGCUGUACUUCCGGUGUACCAAGCAAGUGCUGUACUUCCGGUGUACCAAGCAAGUGCUGUACUUCGGAGUCAGGUUUUCUUCAGUUAGAUGUUCACUAAUCUCUCUGAGAGACCCUCAAAGUUUUUGAGGUGUAGCUCAGUCAGUAGAGUGCUGCAUCUGCAUGAGCAAAUCUCUGGGUUCAAAGGUCAGUACUACCUAAAACCAGGAAUGGCAGUGCCACCCCCUACCUGUAACCAGCACUCCUGAGGUACAAGCAGGAAGAUCAGGAAUGCAAAGUUACUGUAGCUGUAAGUUCGAAGCCAGCCUGAGCUGAGUUGAGACCCCCCUUAUC